GUAUAAUGAAAAUUGAAUUUUCCCAAUAAUAGGUUAUAACCGAAUGCAUGUAAUAAAAUAGCCUUUACGGAUUGAUCCAUGGCCUGUACAAAAAGGGUAGUCUCUUUCUUCUUCUGUUUCUUUCUUUUGAUUUAACUUCAGUUUGACCAACAUCUAUACUUAUGAGCUAUCGUGCUGCUAUUUCUUCUCCAACGCCUGUUGACACUGAUGCCCAUAUAGAAACCAGGAUUCCUCGACCGUUGAACUGCUUUAUGCUAUUUCGUUUGGAAAAACAACGUGAAAUAGCAAAGAGAUGCCCGGGUGCUAAUCACAGAGAUAUAUCCAAAAUAACUUCCAAAUGGUGGAAGGAAUUGAGCAAGGAGGAUAAAUUGCCGUACGUUCUGGAGUCAAAACGGCUGAAGGAUAUCCAUCAGAGGAUGUAUCCUGGUUACAAAUUUCGUCCCAGAAAGAGAACAACUGAAAAGAGAGCUUACAAAACGCAGCGAAGUCAGCCUGACGGGUUUGUAGCUGUUGGAUUUGAAAAUAGAAGAAAAUUGCUUGCUAUUUACAGAGGUGAAGGCCGUGAAUAUGAUGCCUACAAUUCUCCUGCUUCUGUUGAUGGCAUAUCAUCGCUAGCAUCGGAUAGUACUUUAGGCACAGAUAAGAAGAACAAUUUAGAUAUCGAGCAAAGGCCUUCGAAAUUCAUAUCAAACAGCCCAACUGUUACAAAGAAUAAGAGGUCAUUUCCAGUAAAAAGAAGCAAAUCUGUCGACAGCAUGCCACACAAAACAAUGAUAGGUGAAGAUCGCAAUAAAAAGUCCGUAAGAAGUCGCACUAUAUCGGUAGAGACUGUGAGUAUUCGGUCGACAUCACCCAAAUUAGCUGCUCAGCCAUCUCCACGACAAAUGUCACCCACUUCAUUGCAGACGUACGUCCCUACAACCACUGCUCCAGCUUCUUCUUCGUUUUUAAAUGGCCAUUAUGUUGUUGUAUCAGAUUUGCCACCGCCACCUUGUCACAUAUAUUCUUUUCCAAUGAGUACUGUUGUCCCUACUGCAGCUGACGGAUCCUGUGUAAAUUAUAACCUAUCCCGCAGCUACUACAAUCCCGAAGUUUACCCUUAUAUCGUCAGUGGUAGUACUACUGCUAUAUUACAACAUUACCCUCCCUAUCCUCCGGCAGCAAAUACUUAUUUUGGAUAUUAUCCAAGUUAUCCUUAUUCAUAUGGCCAGCACUAUUCUUGA